UCUGUCAUGUGAGAGUUACCAUUUUUUUUCUCUUGUGCAAGUACUGAUCCCCAGGACAGCGGUGCCGUGCUGCAGGUCACGGCGACGACGGCGGCGCAGUUCACCGUCGGACGCAUCAUCUGCUACGGCAUGACGGGCAUGGCCAUUGUCGUGGUGCCCAUCUACCAGGCGGAGACGUCGCCUCGCGUGCUGCGCGGCAUGUUUGGCUCGACGAUCCAGGUCAUGAUUGUGUUUGGCCAGCUCAUCGCCACCCUCAUCGCCUUUGGCACGCAGCACAUCCCCGACCGGAAGGGGUGGCAGAUCCCCAUUGGGCUGCAGCUCCUCGUGCCCGCCGUCAUCUCUGCGCUUCUGCCGCUGCUGCCAGAGAGUCCGCGCUGGCUGCUGAGCCGGGGCCGCAGAGCGGACGCCGUGGUCGAGCUGCGCAAGCUACGGGCCGGCAAGGGUGAGGAGGCCAUCCAGCUGGAGAUUGAAGCCAUCGCGUACGCCCACGCCCACGAGGAAAGGGGCACCUGGCGCGAGGUCUUUGACGCGAGUAACAGGACCCGGACGGGGGUCGCCAUCCUCGCGAUGCUGGGGCAGCAGAUCACCGGCCAGGCGUUCCCUUCCCAGUAUGGCGUGCUGUUCUACCAGUCGCAGGGCUUCCGGUCGCAGGCGUUUCUCUUCAAUGUCAUCUCCAACGUUGUGAGCAUCACCGCCGUGGCCAUUACGUGGUUCUACGUCGAUGCCGUCGGGCGUAGACCCGUCUUGCUGCUUGGCGGUUCGCUCAUGGGCGCGUGGCUGUAUGUCAUGGGCGGCAUUGGGACCAUGCCCAAGGACAGCCUCAACGUCCACGAGAGGGACCUGAUUGUGACGUCGCUCAUGAUGUUCUCCUUCUUCUACAACCUCUCCUGGGCGCCUGUAUCCUUUGUCAUCGUCUCCGAAGCAGCCGCCCUGCGCGUCAAGGAGAAGACGAACCUGCUCGCGUGCGUCAUCUCGGUCCUGACCACCUUUGUCACCUCCUUUACCGUGCCGUACCUCAUCAACGAACAGUACGCCAACCUCGGCGGCAAGGUCGGCUUCAUCUACGGCUCGACCAACUUCUUCAUGGUCGCGCUCACCUGGCUCUUUAUCCCCGAGCUCAAGGGGCGCACGCUCGAAGAGGUCGACCAGCUGUUUGCGAGCGGCGCCCCUCUGCGGCACUUUGGCCGGUUGACGACGAGGACGGCCGAGGAGGUCUACCGCGUCGAGGUCGCGCGCGGCAAGGGAGAUGACGCUGUUGGGAACGAGGGGAUAAUAGGGGAGGGAUCUCGCAGUGUCUGAAGGAGGAGAUGAGAAUGAAGUUGCUGUUUCUUUCCAUCGUCAGCUGACCCAGCCGUGUUUCAUAUGCAUGUUCGAGUACUCCGUACAGCCGAGAGAUUUCA